AUGCUCUCCUCGAUAUAUCGAGCCAUCGCUGGUCGCUUCCCAGCUUACUCCUCUACCGCCAGCAUGUCCACCUCCGCCGCUAAGCAGACCGACUAUAAGUCUUUCGUCAAUGGCGAAAUCAACGCCCACACGAUUACCAUGUUCUUCUGGGCGACUUGUCCUUACUGCCGUGAGGCUCGCUCCAUUCUCGACAAGGACUAUGCUUCCGUCGACACGAACUACGUCGAACUUAACCGCUCGAACUCCACCGACGAGCAGAUCCGGGAGUACCUCCAGCAGAAGUGGAAGCCGGAUGCGUACGAGUACAAGCCCACCCACUCGCUCCCCUGCAUCUUCGUCAACGGUCACUACCUUGGAGGCUGCUCCGACCUCAAGACCGCCGUCAGCAAGAACGGGUUCCAGAAGCUCAUUGACAGUCCCAAGGAGACCGUCGCCUGA